UCUCACCCCUUGCAUUCCUCAACAAACACAACAACAACCAAAACCCCUCUAUCACUUAAUUUCUUUCCCUCUCAUCCUUUCUCCAUGCCCAUCUUUUGCUUCUCCAAAUCACAAACAUAAACAAACCCUCAAGAAGCAGACCCACAAACUCAAAAACACCCAUCAAAUUCUGAAAGCCCGCAUCGUUUAGUUAUAAUAAAAGAUGUCUGGAGUUUGGUUUUUUAGGAAUAAUGGGGUAAUGCAGUUGGUUGAGAACCCUCAAGCAGAGGGCUCAGAAGCAAGGCAAGGUUCAAAGAGAAAGGUGUUGGUUUACUUGCCAACAGGGGAAGUGGUGAAUUCCUACACUUUUCUGGAGCGAAUCUUGAUUGGGUUAGGGUGGGAGAGGUACUAUGAAGGAGAUCCUGACUUGUACCAAUUCCACAAGCACUGCUCCAUUGACCUAAUCUCUCUCCCAAGAGAUUUCUCUAAGUUCAGCUCCGUCAAUAUGUAUGAUAUUGUCAUGAAGAACCCCAAUGUCUUCCAUGUCAGGCAAGUGAGUGUGUCUUGAUCAUUUCGAUUUUCGGUGCCGGGGAGAUUUUUCUUUUUUCACUUUUUUUAUCUCAUGCUGGUGUGCUUCUAUAUAUAUCUAGAGUUUGUGGAAACUCUAGUGAACUUGUUGGGUUCUUUUGCUUUCUCUUCAUAAGGGAAAAUAAGUUUAGAUUAUGCAUCUUGCUGAUGCAUGACUAGUGUACAUGUGCUUGGGGUGCUAUGUAACAUAUAUAGUAAGUAUUGAUUUCUAAUAACCUCAGUCUAUGCAUUGCGUGGAUUUCUGAUC